CCACCUUUUUGAGUGGUGUUUAUUGCACAGAUAGGAUCAAAUUAUCUGCGGACUUGAGGACAAAGCUUUUGUCGGCCACAGUGGGAAAACACAACAAAUCUAUCCCAGAAAUACUGUUGCAUCCCUAGGGGAAUGCACAACCCUCAGCCACUGCCAAAGAACACAGCUCCAGUGCUGCUUCCCAGGCAAUUGCUAUGUAGACAAGGUGAAACAUUUUUUUUUUUUUUUGAAUGAUCUGAUAGCCAAACAUUAGUGUUAUACAAACAGUACAAAGUUUAUUGCAGGAUUGAGCUUUAAUCUCUUGUGGUUGCUUAUUGACAACAGAAAAAUUAGAAGCUCAGUCAAAAGACCUUCUCUGCAUCCUGCUUGUAAACUGCCUUGAAACUGAGGAUCUCACUGCUGCUCACUCUAAAACCCAACGCUUCCCAGAGCAUCUGUCUGCAAUGGCUAUGGUGUGUCUGUCGGACUUUGAAGCUUAUGCUAAAAAAUAUUUACCUAAGAUUGCUUGGGAUUUCUUUGCAGCAGGAGCAGAUGAAUGUAACACCCGAGAUGAAAACAUCCUGGCAUAUAAAAGGAUUUGUUUUCGGCCACGUAUGCUGCGAGAUGUAUCUAUGCUGGACACUAGGACUAAAAUCCUGGGGACUGAAAUCAGCUUUCCAGUAGGAAUCGCCCCGACUGGCUUCCACCAGCUGGCGUGGCCUGAUGGAGAGAAAAGCACAGCCAGAGCGGCCAAAGCAAUGGGCACCUGUUACAUUGCCAGCACCUACUCUACCUGCUCACUGGAGGAGAUCACUGCAGCUGCUCCUGGUGGUUUUCGAUGGUUCCAGCUCUACAUCCACCGCAACAGGGCAGUCUCUAGGCAUUUGGUCCAACAGGCGGAGGCCUUGGGCUUCCAGGGCCUCGUCCUCACCGCGGAUCUGCCCUACACUGGCAAAAGGCGCAAUGAUGUCCGUAAUGGCUUCCGACUUCCUCCCCACAUGAAAUUGAAGAACUUGGAGGGAGCCUUUGAGGGAGAUGACCGAUCUGAGUAUGGACUGCCACCAAACAGCCUGGAUCCUUCGGUCACCUGGGAUGAUAUCUGCUGGCUGCAGAGCCUGACUCACCUGCCCAUUGUCAUCAAAGGGAUCUUGACAAAAGAAGAUGCAGAGCUGGCAGUGAGGCACGGAGUUCAGGGAAUUAUCGUCUCCAACCAUGGUGGAAGGCAACUGGAUGGAACACCUGCCACUAUAAAUGCUCUGGCUGAAGUUGUGGAGGCAGUACGAGGCAGAGUUGAAGUUUAUUUAGAUGGUGGUAUACGUAAGGGAAGCGACGUAUUGAAAGCACUGGCACUGGGAGCAAAAUGCGUCUUUAUUGGAAGACCAGCUUUAUGGGGUCUGGCUUACAAGGGUGAAGAAGGUCUUCAGGAUGUUCUGAGGAUUCUGCACGAUGAGUUUCGUUUGUCAAUGGCCUUAGCUGGCUGUGCCAGCAUCUCAGAAAUUGGCAAAGACCUGGUUCAGUUUUCAAAGCUGUAAACAAUCUCCUGCAACACCUGAACAGAAGCAGCCAAUGGCUGAGGUUGCACAACAGACUGAAGAGAGAGAAAGAAGUGAAAAUACUGAACAUACCACAUGUCUGAGAAGGACUUCAGGAAACUCUUGAGACUAUUAGGAAAGGCUGUAUUAGCAGCAAUCACUGUUUACUUUUUUGAGACAAAUGAGUUAUUUUCAGAUAGAUCAUACUUGCUUAAAUACAUGUAAUUUAAACUGA